UGCGCAGGAGCAUCAGUGGGCAUUUGCACUUGUUGCCUCGCCUGUUAGUGGGCUCAGUUUAGUAGCCAUGGGAUCGUGGUCGACAGCACUCGUUCUAUUACUGGUUGGAGUCACUGUGGUAUAUACUACACCACUCGUCAAUGAAAAGCAGCCCGGGCAAGAAUGGCCAAAACGCGGCGCGGUUCUACAGCCGUCUGAUGAUAAAGAUACAGAAACAGAACCAGAAACCAUUUUCGAAGAAAAAAGCGAAGAAGAAGCAAUUCUUGAUGAGAUACCAGUGAAAACUAUUGAAGAUUCCAGUGAACCAGUAAAGGAAAAACAAGAUUUAGAUAACACUGAUAAUGAAGUUGACACCAUUAAAACUAAAACUGUAGUUAUUAAGUCUGAAACAGCGUCACCUAAAGUGGAUUACUCCGGUGCUCAACUUUGGAAAGUCUCAAUAGAAAAAGAAGGAAGUCGAAAUAUUCUUGUUAGAUUACGCAGGAGAAAUCAAAUUGCAACUUGGGGAACCAAUGGAACAGCAAUCGACGUAUUUAUAAAAUCCGACUCUAUACAGAACGUUACUCGUGCACUAAACAAGGAAAAUAUUCCAUUUGAAGUGGUUAUUGAAGAUUUACAGAAGAGGAUCGAUGAAGAGAAUCCACCACUCGAUGAAAAUGAAGCAGAACUUCAGGACAGACGAGGACACCGUAUGAAUUGGAAACAAUAUCACAGAUUAGAAGAUAUUGAUGGAUUCUUAGAUUAUUUAUCCAAAACAUAUCCUGCUACAGUUAGCGUGAAUGCUAUUGGGAAAUCACAUGAGGGUCGAGAAUUGAAGGUGUUAAGGAUAUCAAACGGUAAUCCGUCAAACAAAGCUAUUUUCAUAGAUGGAGGUAUCCACGCACGCGAAUGGAUCAGCCCCGCAACAGUGACUUAUAUCAUCAAUCAAUUUGCUGAAAACUUCGAUGGAGAAUCCGAGGACAUCAGAAAACUGGACUGGUACUUUUUACCUGUCAUGAAUCCUGAUGGGUAUGAGUAUACGCAUCUGAACGAUCGUCUAUGGAGGAAAAAUAGACGGCCUGGUAUCGCAGGAAGAGGGUGUUCAGGCGUUGAUUUGAACAGGAAUUUUGGAUAUCGAUGGGGUGGUAAGGGUACGUCUAGCAGUCCAUGCAGUGAAAUUUACCGUGGUCCUAGAGCUUUUUCGGAGCCAGAGUCGCGUGCUGUAUAUGAAUUCUUUGAAAAGAGUGCUGCUAAUUAUGUAGCUUAUGUUACAUACCACAGCUAUGGACAAUACAUUUUAUAUCCAUGGGGAUAUGAAAAUGCUGUACCUCCAGAUCAUGAUGACUUACAAUCUGUCGGCGACAAAAUGGCUUCAGUGAUCCAAUCAACAGGUGGUGACUAUUACAGUGUUGGUUCAUCAAGCAAACUUUUAUACCCAGCAGCGGGAGGAUCUGAUGAUUGGGCAAAGAGUCAAGGCAUCAAGUACACUUACACAAUUGAACUUAAUGAUAAAGGAAGAUAUGGUUUUGUACUCCCUACAACAUACAUAGAGAACGUUGCUAAGGAAUCAUUAGCUGCCUUAAGGGUACUGGCUGCACAAGUGAAUAAAGAAUGAUCUCAAUGAACAAACAUUUAUAUUAUUUAUUAUGAAAUAGAUUGUCACAUUUUACUAUAAUGCAAAUGUGACUCUCUUUAAUGAAAACUUAAUAAAUUAUUUAAAUAGGUACUUAAUGUAAAUAUAAAAUUACUGUAAGUAUGUACUACGCAUAAGAAUUAUAAGUAAAGAAAACUG